AUGGCAUUUGAUUCGAAAGUUAGAGGGGCGUCACCCGCUGCAAAAACGGCCGACGAGGGCAUCGCACCGAUUCCAGAGCCCAGUGGUCUUCCUAUUCUUGGUAAUAUCACAGCACUCGACGCAGAAUUCCCUCUUGGAUCUAUGAAAUCACUCGCAGAUCAGUUCGGCGAAAUAUACCGACUAAGAUUUCCUGGAAGAUCUGUGGUGCUGGUCUCCACUCAGGCCUUGGUCAACGAGACAUGUGACGAGAAGCGCUUCAAAAAGAGCAUCAAUACAGCUCUCAACGAGAUAAGAGACGGUGUCCAUGAUGGACUUUUCACUGCAAAGAUGGGAGAGGAGGCCUGGGGGAUCGCACACAGAAUUCUCAUGCCCGCUUUUGGACCCCUUUCUAUCCAGUCGAUGUUUACCGACAUGCACGACGUCGCUUCACAGCUCGCCUUGAAGUGGGCGCGUGCAGGCCCCAACUCAAAAAUCAUCGUCACCGAUGAUUUCACAAGACUUGCAUUGGAUACCCUAGCCCUUUGCUCCAUGGGCUACCGAUUCAACAGCUACUACUCCCAGGAACUACACCCAUUCAUUGAGGCCAUGGGUGACUUCCUGACAGAGGCUGGUGAGAAGCCGAGACGCUUGCCGCUUCCAUCCCUGUUUUAUCGCCAAAAGGAUGAGAAAUACAAGAACGAUAUCGAAACCAUGAGGAGGACUGCUAGGGAGGUCUUGGAAUCUAGGAAAUCUGGGGAGGAUGACGCUAGACGCGAUCUCCUGACUGCGAUGAUGAAGGGCGUCGACCCAAAGACUGGAAAGCAUAUGACGGAUGAAAGCAUCAUGGACAACCUGAUCACCUUCCUGAUUGCCGGACACGAGACUACAUCUGGUUUAUUGUCCUUUGUAUUCUACCAGCUCUGCAGACAUCCCGAAGCCUACCAAAAGGCCCAGAGGGAGGUAGACGAGGCUGUUGGCAAGAGAGCCAUCAAGGUUGAGGAUCUCAACAAAUUGCCCUACUUGAACGCCGUGCUCCGCGAGACCCUACGAGUGAACGCCACUAUCCCGUUGUUUACCGUCGAGGCAUUCGAGGAUACUCUCCUUGCCGGAAAGUACCCCGUGAAGGCCGGUGAGACCAUUGUGAAUCUGCUCGCAAAGUCUCAACUCGACCCCAAGGUCUUUGGAGAAGAUGCUCUUGAGUUCAAGCCUGAGCGCAUGCUCGAUGAGCCUUUCAAGAAGUUGAAUGAGGACUUCCCCAACUGCUGGAAGCCAUUCGGUAACGGCAUGCGUGGUUGUAUUGGUCGUCCCUUCGCCUGGCAAGAGUCUCUGCUCGUCAUGACUAUGCUCCUCCAGAACUUCAACUUUGUUUUGGAGCCGGCGGGCUACCAACUAGGAUUCAAGCAAACGCUUACGAUCAAGCCAAAGGAUAUGCACAUGCGUGCCAUCUUGCGCGACGGACUGACCGCUGUUGGCCUUCAGCACCGUCUCUCGGGUCAAGCCAUUCCAGAGGCCAAUGGCUCCAAGAAGGCUGCAGAAUCCGCCGAUGACAGCAGCAAGGUCCCCUUGACAGUUCUUUACGGAUCCAACAGUGGUACAUGCGAGUCUCUUGCGCAGCGUGUGGCUACUGAUGCCCCGUCCCAUGGUUUCAGGGCCACAAAGGUUGAUUGCCUCGAUAGCUUGAAGGGCAAUCUGCCAACGGACCAGGCUGUUGUGAUCAUCACAGCUUCAUAUGAAGGACAAGCACCCGACAAUGCAUCUCACUUCGUUGCUUGGCUAGAGGGUUCCAAGAAGGAGGAGAGCCCAUUGAAGAAUGUUGCCUACACUGUCUUUGGAUGCGGUCACAAAGACUGGACGCAGACAUACCAUCGUAUUCCGAAAUUGGUCGACGCCGCCAUGGCUGAUCUUGGAGGCGAGAGGGUCGCCGAGAUUGGUCUUGCUGACGUCUCUCAGAACCAAGUCUUCACCGACUUCGAACACUGGGAGGAUCACGUGCUGUGGCCUUCUCUCACAAAGAAGUACAAUGUCGCCGCUCAGGAUAAGGAUGAAUCUGCAGUCAAUGCACAGGUCAAGAUUUCGACCCCCAGAGCAUCUACACUCCGCCAGAAUGUCCAGCCUGGUCUUGUCACGGAGGCAAAGAUCCUCACUAAGGAUACUUUCGACAAGCAAGCGAAGAAGCACCUCGAAAUUCGUCUUCCCGAAGGCACUACGUACUCUGCAGGCGAUUACUUGGUGGUCCUGCCCAUCAACCCCAAGGAGAAUGUCAACCGCGCAAUGCGCCGUUUCCAGUUGCCCACAGAUGCCCAUCUUGAGAUUACCACCGAGGGACCAACUGCUCUUCCCACCAACACCUCUCUUUCCGCCUACGAGAUCUUGAGCUCAUACGUUGAGCUGCAGCAGCCAGCAACCAAGCGGAGUCUCCAUGUCCUCGCUGCAUCCACCACUGAUGAGCAGACCAAGUCAGCUCUCGAGAAGCUAGCCGAUGAAGACUUCGCUCAGGAGAUCAACGCCAAGCGUGUCUCCGUCCUUGACCUCCUCGAACGCUUCCCCAGCAUCGACCUUCCUAUCGGCACAUUCCUGACGUUGAUGCCACCAAUGCGGGUCCGACAAUACUCCAUCUCAUCCUCUCCUCUCUGGAAGGCCGACCACGUCACACUGACCUUCUCCGUGCUGCACAAGAACGCCCUAUCCGGCCAAGGAACCCACAUCGGCGUCGCCUCGACCUACCUCGCGGCCCUCGAAAAGGGCGACACAGUGCACAUCGCGGUGCGGCCCUCGCACGCCGCCUUCAGCCUCCCCUCGGACCUCGAAACCACGCCCAUCAUCGGCGUCGCCGCCGGGACGGGUCUCUCGCCCUUCCGCGCCUUCGUCCAGGAGCGCGCCGCCAUGAUCGAAUCCGGCCGCAAGCUCGCGCCCGCCAUCUUCUUCUACGGCUGCCGCUCCCCGGAAACGGACGACCUGUACCGCGAGGAGUUCGACGAGUGGCAGCGCAUUGGUGCGGUGGACGUCCGCAGGGCGUACAGCCGUGCGGCUGAGAAGAGUGAGGGCGCGAAGUACGUCCAGGACCGUAUGUUGCACGACCGCGAGGAUGUGGCUAAGUUGUGGCGGGAUGGCGCGAAGGUGUAUGUGUGCGGAUCGAGAGCCAUUGCGGAUGCGGCGAAGGAGACUAUUAUUAAGAUCAAGGUUGGCAUGGAGACGGCGGAUGGAAAGGAUGAUGACUCCAAGGGUGUGCAGGAGUGGUUUGAUUCGUUGAGGAAUGUGAGGUAUGUCACUGAUGUCUUCGAUUAA